AUCAUCGAAUCAUCAUACCACUAAUACUAUCGACGCGAUCUAUGCUCGGCCUGUACUAUAUUUAACUUUCUACUACUAUUGUCGUACGAUUGAUCAUUUCUCAAUUCUCUUCAUCCCAACGGCUACACUCCCAAUGUCCUCGUCCAUUCCCACCCCCUCCGCCUCCAACAGACCCUUCCAGUCACAAUUUGCUGGCGACCAGGACCAACCAGGAUCAUUUUACCGAAACCUCUUCUAUAUCCUCGUUGGCCUCCUAUGCGCCUUUUCUCUCUUCUCCUUCUUGACACUCAUGCGGGCCAGGCGAAGGAGACGGGCUGUAAUUGAUGAAGCCCUGAGAUUAGGAGUAAUGGUGCCAGGUGUGCCAGGCUACGUUCCCCUUCAAGAUCGUCAGGCUUUGAUGUGGAUGAAGAGUGAUGGGAAUCAGCUUCCAGACUGGUGGGAAAUCGGAAAGUUGAAGGGCCCAGAUGACCCGCCUCUUUUGAAUGAAGAAGGCCGUUCCAAUGGUCCCAUGGAUCAGCAGAACUCUGUAGCUCCACCUACCGGCGAUCUGCACCAACGGCAAACAAAUCAAGAGUCUUCCUCUCACAAUUCGGACUUCUUUCAACCACUUGCCAUCAUCCCUCCAGUCGCCACCGAAACUUCGGCACAGCCUAUUCCGACAUCCAAGCUUAAAUUUUUCCCCAACCACCUUGCUUACCGACCUUCUGCCCUUCUGCCCCCACCCGCUCGGUUUAACGAUAUUAAUUCUGAAAAUAUGAUGGAGAAGUUGGAUCAGUUGAAAGGGAAUGUGGUCGAGGUGGUGACUGUCAUACAGAUGCCGGUCCCCUCCUGGACAGGAACUAGUACGGACGAUGGAGAUGUACAGGUCUUCAAAGAGUGGGGCGGUAUCGAGCUGGGAAUUACAAAUCUACGGGUAGCUGCUGAGUCGCACCAAGUUAGUUAACGUCUGGAGUUCCAGAGGAUUGUUAUUACGGAUCGUUUAUGUUGUCAUUUGGGUUUUCGGGUAUAAUAAUUAUGGCUUUGUAAGAGCGAGAUUUGGGACUAUUGGAGCUUCUUUGUAUACAUCAC